UUCGUCAAGACCCUGACGGGUAAGACCAUCACUCUCGACGUCGAGUCGAGCGACACCAUCGACAACGUCAAGGCCAAGAUCCAGGACAAGGAGGGUAUCCCCCCGGACCAACAGCGCCUGAUCUUCGCUGGUAAGCAGCUUGAGGAUGGCCGCACCCUGAGCGACUACAACAUCCAGAAGGUACGGAUUUCCCUUGAACAAUGCGGAUAUACGGGAUAUAAAUGCGCGAUUUCGCCACGACUCGAAUUCAUCGGAACGGUCGCGUUUUGUGAAAGAAGAGAUAGGAUAUAUUUGACUUUGAUGGAAUCGAUUGGCUGA